ACUUUGAGAGAAAAUACGCUCUUCGGAGUCCCUCGGUGACUUCCAAGGGUCCUGCAUGACGUCCGCAUGUGGCGAUACGGCUUGGAUCACGUGGCGUCGGGCAAAAUCUUCCAGAAUGUUUAUUGGAACACAUGUCUCCAGAUCCGGUUGGCUCUGUAAGCAUCGCGCGGAAUCCUCCCUUUUCAUCAACAUUACAAUGUUAUCCACUUGAUUCAUUAUCACCAUUGGGAACCCCGUUUUUCUACGAUAAUUGCUGCGACUCUGCGAUACCCGCCGAAGAGUCUUGUUGACGAGACAUUCGCUAUUCCAACAUGAGCGCCUCUUCCAGGCUGGUCCGCAAUGCGGCGCAAACCUCAUUCAUGGGCGGACCUCGUGCUCUGCCUCGAACUGGUCCGUCGUCUGCCUAUACAGCCUACCUGCGUCGCAAUGCCCGAAACAUGCCAGCAAUGAUGCCAGCAUUGGCCAUCCUCAUCCCUCUUAGAAGCGUUUCCACCGAUACACACACACACGGACCUGGUUCGAAUGUCCCACCGCCAGGAUUCAACGCCCAGCAAGCUAAGAAGCCAUUGAAGGAUACUGAGAAUGCCCCAAAAGCCAACACGAAGGAAGCAUUGGACCAGGCAAAAGAGGAGCUUGCACCAGUUCCGAACGAUGUUGCGACUGCGGUCCCAAAAACGGAUGCUACGGAAUCUCAGUCCCUCGCGGAGUUAACGGGCAUAAAGGAGGAAAAGGCCGUUGACAAGAAGGACCCGAAGAAGGAAGAGAAGAAGUUGACUCUGGGUCAAAAGAUCAAGAAGGAGGCUCAACAUUACUGGGAUGGAACGAAGUUGCUGGCAACAGAAGUCAAGAUAAGUUCACGUUUGGCUAUCAAGAUGGCUGCUGGGUACGAGCUCAGUCGCAGGGAGCACAGGCAACUUCAAAGAACCGUCCAGGAUAUCGGUCGAUUGGUUCCCUUCUCAGUUUUCGUUCUGGUUCCAUUCGCCGAACUUUUACUUCCAGUGGCCUUGAAGUUGUUCCCCAAUCUUCUUCCAAGCACAUACGAAGGUCAGUCAUCGAAAGACAAGAAGGCAACCAACCUUAGAGCUACCCGGAAGGAGGUUAGCAACUUCCUUCGGAAUACAUUGAAGGAGACUGGAUUGCCUUUGAGCUCAGCAAAUGCUCAGAGAGACGAGUUUACGCAAUUCUUCCGCAAAGUCCGAGCCACUGGAGAGACUCCUUCGGCAUCUGAGGUUAUCAAUGUCUGCAAGAUCUUCAAGGAUGAUUUGACAUUGGACAACUUGUCGAGACCACAGCUUGUGGGAAUGUGUAGAUACAUGAACCUCAACACCUUCGGAACCGAUAUGAUGCUAAGAUAUCAAAUCCGUCAUCGUAUGAGACAGAUCAAGAGAGACGACCGGGCAAUCAGCUAUGAAGGCGUUGACAGCCUGUCAGUUCCGGAACUCCAGAUUGCUUGCUUGAGCCGUGGUCUCAGAACUCACGGUGUCUCUCCUGGUCGUCUACGUGAUGACUUGCAAGCCUGGUUGGAUCUCAGACUCAAGCAUGGUGUUCCUUCGACACUCUUGGUUUUGAGUAAUGCAUUCAUGUAUGCUCAAGGCAAGGCCGAUUCCGAAUUCAAUACUCAAAUCGACGCUCUUACUGGUGUUUUGUCGUCGAUUCCUGAGGAGCUGUUCCAUGAGAUUGAGCUAGAGGUGCACAAUGCAGAGGGAGCAGCGACCAACAAGCAACGUCUUGAGGUCCUUAAGGAGCAACAAGAGCUCAUUGAGGAGGAGAAUGAGCAAGACAAUGAGAACAAGAGCUCUGGCCGAGCCACUCCUCGUGAUGAUGAAGAUAUCGAUGAGAAGGAGGAGCGCAGACUACAAGCAGCAUCAACUGAUGCGGAGAAGGUCGCAGUCAGCGAAGCCAUCGAAGCAGAGAAGGAGGCUGAGCAGGUUAAGAAGAUGGAGGCCGCUGCAGAGAAGAAGUCUUCAUAGACUUGACCAGUGUAUGUGCGACUAUGCGCAGGUUUCCUUUGUUAUUGUAUAGCAUUCUGGGAUGGGCCAUGCAUGGAUAAACGGACGGGACAAAUCAUAGAGAACAGAACCCCGCUAGAAUUGCUGAACUUUUGUUAAAUCAGCAUUGUAAAAGAUUCAAAAACAAAUCUUCAUUUCAU